AUGGAGGCCCCACCACUCUCCACCACUCCCCCAAUUCCCUCCACCACCCCCCAAAAGCCGGCGGCCUACACGGACUCCGGUAACGCCGACCCCCCGCCGCCGAAGCUUCGCCUGAUGUGCAGCUACGGUGGCCACAUCGUCCCCCGCCCCCACGACAAGGCCCUCAGCUACGUCGGCGGCGAUAGUCGCAUCGUCGUUGCCGACCGCCACGCCACCCUCUCCGACCUCCACCGCCGCCUCUCCAGGAGCCUCCUCCGCGAUCAGCCUUUCUCGCUCAAGUACCAGCUCCCCAGCGAGGAAUUGGAUUCCUUGAUCUCGGUCUCCACGGAUGAGGAUCUCGAGAACAUGGUGGAGGAGUACGACCGCCUGAACAGUGCCUCCGCAGGCGACGUCUCCAAGCCCGGCCGCCUCCGCCUCUUCCUGUUCCCCAAAUCAGAGUCGAGCGUUGAGCGGAUUCUCGCCGAGACCGCGUCCGCUAAAUCGGAGGAGUGGUUUUUCAGCGCCUUGAACGGGAAAUCGGGCGCUCAUUCAGCUGCCGCCAGCGAUCGUGGAUUUUCCGACUCGUCGUCGGUUAAUUGCCUGCUUGGAUUGGACGAUGAUAUUGUGGGGAAGGCCUCUGUUGUGGAGAGCGGCGGUGGCGCCGGAUUUGACGAUUUGAAGGCUGGUGUCAAUGGAAACGAGAAUCCUAAUGGCAAUAAUCAUGUAAUUAAUCAGGAUGUGCAGUCUGUUCCCAAUUCCCCCAUGCUGGGAACGUCGUCGUCCUUCGGGUCUACUUCCAGUUCCCCUUCCGUCGCUAAUUUGCCGCCGAUUAAGUCCCAAACACAACCUCGUGCUCAAGAACAGGUUUACGUACUACCCGACCCAUACGAACAGAACCCACAUCGACCCCAAACGUUCAUUCAUGCCGGUAACCAAUACGUUUCGGCUAAUGUAGUGCCGAUUUCAUCAUAUUACCCGAUCUACCCUCCCCAGCUCCAAAACCAGCAUCAUUACCACCCCGUUUAUUUCGUGCCGAAUCAAUUGCCUUACAAUCAGUCGAGAAGUGUUCCUCCUUCCACUGGGCCAAAACUAGUGACUUCUGGCUCAGAACAGUUUGUCGGGCUCAGUCCCAUUUAUCAACCUCCCUCGGGACAGAAUGCUGCUUACGGUUAUGAAUUUGUGAACCAGAACAAUGUGCCCGUGUACUACAACCCUCUGCUGCCCCAGAUGGCGGCAGCAACCGGGAUGGUUGUACCAGAUGCAUCGCGAGAGGCGGAACAGCCAUGA